UAUUUUUAUUUGUCAUUGUCAUAAAUUUUCUACUUCGCUUGUUGCUCUUGUUGAUUUUCGUAUUUCUUCGUUUUUUAUUUUACUUUAUUCUUUGGUUUUCUCUUGUUGCACAAAAUAAAAUAUCACCAUCCCAAAUACAUAAAAUAAUUUAGUCCUUCAUUGUUGUAAUGUUAAAUCAAUUUGAAUCUCAACACAGGUAUGCAAAUAAAAAGAGAAAUUAAAAAACAUUCCCAACACUUUGGAUCGGGCUUCAGAUUUGAGAACUUUGUCAGGCCAAAUAUCAAAUGAAUAAAAUGUCCCUGCGGGCAAUCAAAAAACGCGAUAGCUCUAAACCAUAUAAGAAAUACUUGCCAGCCUCUCGACCACGAAAGUUCUUACCCGAAACUCAGCCAGAACUGCGUAAACUAUCGCGAUCCUAUCCGGACAUAUCGAGAACAGCAGACACUGGCCAUUCUCUGUACACGUCGAGAUUGAUGUCCAAAUCUGACGGUGAUGUGCAAAAAUUAGCAGCCUCAUUCAAGGGGAACUCAAAUCUAAUUGGUGCUAAGUCAGAGGUUUGUCUGAAGACUAUUUCCGUGCAUAGCACUGUUCACAGCAAUAGCAAUAAUAGCAGCGGUGGUGCAAUUAGACGACCUGAAGCAAUGCCCCUCCAAGGUGCUCACAGUGAUCGAUAUCUAUCGAGAUCUAGCUUUGCCGAGAGCAGAGGAACCAGUACAUCGCAAAACAGCAUAUCACUCAACGAGACCAGACGACGCAUGAGUGAGUGCAGCAUUUCCAAUUCCCAUCGCUUCAACCGGAGUGUGGCGUCGUCGGAGUUCGGCGAGAGGACUGGCUUCACCGAUGCCAGUGCUGUUCGCAUUCCUAUAAUCGGCUAUGAAGUUAUGGAGGAACGAGCCAGAUUCACUGUCUAUAAGCUGCGUGUGGAGAACCCAUUCACAAACGAUUGCUGGUUGGUUCUGCGACGCUACACUGACUUCGUUCGUCUUAAUAAUAAGCUCAAGCAGGCAUUUCCCACAUUGACGCUUCAUUUGCCGCGUAAGAAAAUAUUUGGUGAUAAUUUCAAUUCGGUGUUUUUGGAUAAUCGAGUGCAGGGUCUGCAAAUGUUUGUGAAUUCGAUUAUGUCCAAGGAGGAGCUACGUAAGUUUAAGCUGGUGCGAGAGUUCUUCUGUUUGGACGAACCACCGACGUAUUCGGAGAGCAUGGAAGAAUGUAGGGCAAUAUUUGAGGCACAAGAAGAAACAAUAGCACAUUUGAAGAUGCAAAUCAACAGCAAGAAUGAUUUGAUUCUCAGUACGCAACAAAAGCUAAGUGCAGUUCUAAUGGAGAACGAACAACUCAAAGAGAACUUAAGGAAAAUCUCAAUUGGAUGCGCCAAAUGUACACCAAAUGGUUCUACAACAACAACUCAACUGCCUAAAGCGUCACAAUAACACAGUGGCAAGGUCACAAACUAAAAUUAUCCAGACGCUAUAAGCAACAUUAAUGCAGUAGUUUAAGUAUACGUAAAUUUAUAAAACUUUUGUUUAAAUAAUAAAUGACAACAAAAAUAUUUAUCCUUACAAAAAAGAAAAGACUAAUUCUCAAAGAAUUGUUUCUCGUAGAUUACAAAAAAAUAAACAUUUUUAAAAAAUACGAAACUAAAAGCAAUACAAAAAAUAUAACUUCAAUAUUUUAUAAUUCAAAAAAUAUAUAAUUAUUCGUUAAGUCUAUAACAGUUACAUAUAUAUAUAUUUAUAUACACAUUUUUUUUAAUAAAUAGGACAAAGACUUGUUGUAUUUCAUUACAACAAAAUUAUUCUCAAAUAUAUAUAUUUUAAUAGAGAAAAAUUUGUUAUCAUUUACAAAUAAAAAAUUAUUGUAGUUAAAUUUAAAAAGAAAAAAACAAACAAAUCUUACAAAGGUGGAUGUUACUAAAUAUUUUAAUUUUGUAUUUGUUUUUAAAGAUAAUGUUUUCACAAUGUCGGAGUAAAGUUAUCAUUUUUAUAUAAUUCAUGCAAUGUUUACAUUUUCAAAGAACUGAUAUUAUUGUUUGAUGCUGUAUUCCAGUCUUAUGUACAUUCUAUAACGACUUGGUAUAAUCUAUAGAGUGCUUCUUUUGUUCUGAUUAAAAUACUGAUGUAUAAAAAAAAAACUUAAUAAAAAUUGUUCAUUUGAUUUAUUCACCCAUUUUAUUUAAUUAAUUUAUUUGAAAAAGUUCUUCUUUUACCUAUCAAUAUGUGCUAUUCAAUACUUGAUUUAACCACAAAGAACCCAGACUGUUAAUAGAACCUUUUCUCAUUGUAAAUUCCACAUGAAUUUGAUAAUUAACAUAUCAUCAUUUAAGAAACUUUACAAAGACCUUGGAGAACAAGUUCUAAAUAGAUUUUUAAGUCGUGAUUUUUUUUGUUUCUAUUCACAAAAAUAUAAAAUCAAAAAUGAGUAUUCACACAAAUUAAAAAGAAGAAUUGUUAUUGUUUUAGUCUACUCACUACUCCAGUUUGCUAGAAAAAUAUAUGCACUUGUGACCAAUAAAACUGAUUUCCUUUUCUAGAUUAUAAGAAAAAGGAAACACUAGUUGUUGAUUUUGUCUGGAAUUGGUGCACACAAAAGUAGUAAGAAAAUCACGGUAGUAGUUUUAUGAAAUUAAUAUCAUAAAAUAAAAUCAUUAGAACCUAAGUAACAAAGCAAUAAAAACGUAAUCGUAUUUUUAUACAAAACUA